AUGGAGGAGGACAAUCAAUGCACAAAGCCUCAUGCAAUCUUGGUACCUCUCCCUCUCCAAGGCCAUGUCAUCCCAUUUACCAAUCUGGCAGUGAAGCUUGCUGCAAAUGGUUUCACCAUCACUUUUGUCAACACUCAAUAUAUUCACCACCAGAUAACCAAAUCCCAACCCAACAACAAAACUGAACAAGAUGACAUCUUUGCCGCAGCGCGCAAGUCCGGACUGGACAUACACUACAAAACUGUGAGUGAUGGCUUUCCACUAGCUUUCAACCGAUUUCAGAACCUUGACCAAUUUCUUGAGGGUCAUUUACAUGUCUACCCUGCCCAUGUUGAUGAACUGGUUGGAGAUUUAGUCCAAUCUGACCCCUCAAUCACUUGCUUUAUUGCUGAUACCUUCCACACCUGGCCAGAAACCAUAGCCAACAAGUACAACCUUGUCAAUGUUUCCUUUUGGACUCAACCAGCUUUAGUCCUAAGUAUCUACUAUCACUUGGACCUCCUCAGACAAAAUGGUCAUUUUGGUUUUCAUGAUAAACGCGAGGACAUCAUCGAUUACAUACCGGGUGUGCAGGCAAUUGAACCAAAAGACUUGAUGUCACAUCUCCAAUCUACUGAUUUAUUAUCCCCAAUGCUCAGAAUCAUUUACAAGGCAUUCCAUGAAGUUAAAAGAGCAGAUUUUAUUUUGAUUAAUGCAGUGCAAGAACUUGAAUCUGAGACCCUUUCAGCCUUGCAUGAGAAGCAGCCCACAUAUGCAAUUGGCCCUGUCUUCCCCAGUAAAACUACUAAGAGUAUUGUGGCUACCAAUCUGAUGUCUGAGUUUGACUGUACUCAAUGGCUCAAUGCCAAGCCUCAUGGUUCAGUUUUGUUUAUUUCAUUUGGUAGUUAUGCUCAAGUUACUACAAAAGAUAUUGAGGAAAUAGCUCAUGGACUUUCGCUUAGUAAAGUGAGCUUCAUCUGGGUACUUCGCCCUGACACUACAAGUUAUGAAGAAACCAAUAUCCUACCCGUUGGAUUUGACGAUGAGAUUAAAGACAGAGGGAUGAUAGUGCCAUGGUGCUCUCAGAUUAAGGUGCUUUCACAUCCGGCAGUAGGAGGGUUCUUAACGCAUUGUGGAUGGAAUUCCAUACUUGAAAGUAUGUGGUGUGGUGUUCCCAUGCUGUGUUUUCCUCUAUGGACUGACCAAAUCACUAAUAGGAAACUAGUUGUUGAUGAUUGGGGCAUUGGACUGAAUAUUUGUGAUGGGGUAAAACCCAUCACAAGACUGGAGGUGGCAGAGAAGAUCAACCAUGUGAUGAGUGGAAAAUUGGGCCAUGGUUUGCAGAAGGAGAUAAAAAAUGUAAGGCAAACAAUGGAGGAUGCGUUGGCUUUAAAGGGGUCAUCACAGAAGAAUUUCUUUCAAUUCAUAAGUGAUGUAAAGAAGAAAGUGCAGACACGAAACUGA